AUGGGUGGAGAUAUUCAUCUUUGUUCGAUAGCAUUAGGUAGAAAACAUUUGGUUAUUUUAUAUUUUGCAAAUUUAUUUGGAUGUUUUUUAUCAUGGGUAUCGACUUUAAUCACUAUCAUUUCAUUUAUAUUCAAUAUAUAUAAAAAAAAGAAACUAUUUAAAGAAAAUCCUCACCAUGUUUGUGUUUCAGAAAAUUCAUAUCAAUAUUUUGACCAAUCUAAAUUAAAUGAUAUAAAUAAUAAUAAUAGUAAUAACCAUGAUAGUAGCAAUCAUCAUAACAAUAGUCAUAAUCAUUCCCCUAUUGAUAAUAAUAAUAAUAAUAAUAAUAAUAAUAAUAAUAAUAAUAAUAAUAAUAAUAAAAAUAAUAAUAAAAAAAAUAAUAAUAACAAAAGUGAAGUUGGAGAAAAAGACUCAUUAAUAAAUAAUAUAAUUAUUCCAAUAGAUUCAAGUAAUGAUAGUACCUCUGGUAGAAAUAUAGCCAGUAAUAAUAAUAAUGGGUAUUAUCAUUCAAUUACUCUAUCAAAAUUAGAUCAUAAAAAAAAUCUUCAACUUAUUGAAGAUUCAAAUAAUAAAAAGUGUGGCCCAAAUUGUAUAUUAUAUUCCGACUCUCCACAACAUAUUCAAAUUAUUGAACAAAAAACAAAACCAAAGAAAAUCGAUACUUUAAUUUUUUAUCUUGCGAUAUCAGAUUUUAUUGCAGUUUCAGCCCUUAUAGUUUCACAAUUAAUUAUAAUUUUAGACGAUAGUUUAUCAAAAUCAAAAGGAUUCUGUAUCACCGCAAGAGCAACAAUUCACUUUGGUCUAUUGGCUACUAUUUUUUGGUCAAACUCAACUGUUGAGGAAACCAAUGAUUGGUGUACUAUUGAAGGUACUUAUCAAUUUUAUUUCUGGGUGAUUCCAUUAUUCGUAUCAUUUUCGUGGAAUCUCUUUUGCUAUCUUUUAAUAUACAAGAAAUUUAAACAAAUUCUUUCUUUUGGUAUUUAUGGAACCCACACACAUCAACUAAAGAGAUUUAUUGGUAGAAAGCUUUCAUUAUACUUAUUAUCAUUCAUGCUUGCAUGGAUUUGGGAUGUUAUUAAUCAGUCUAUAUUUUAUUAUCAAGAUAAAUGCCCACCAUUUACAAUGAUGUUUCUUCAAGAUUUCUUUGGGACCUCUGCAGGUUUCUUAAACUUUAUAGUAUAUGUUGUAACCAAUAAGUUUUUUUCAUUUCAAAGAAGAUAA